AUGUUUUGUAUCCAUUUAUUUACGAUAGUUAUUAAUUUUUUUGGUUUUUAUAAUAAAAUGAAAGCAAUUUACAUUAUUGUAAUUUUUAAUGUUGGCCUAAAAAAACUUAAAUGGUUUAUAAAUGUACUAAAUAAUAAAUUUUUACCUUGUUUUAUUUCUAUUUAUCUUCUUUAA